AUGAGUGACUUCAAGAUGUCACCGUUGGAAGCUGCAGACCACAACUCGGAGACAGACUACACAAGUCAGUCAACACUGAGCGAGAACUGGAACCUUGGCUCUCCGGCCCCUUCAUACUCCAGCACUGGUACUCUGCCUUACGGAGCCCAGCCUUCACAGGAAGAUGUAGUCGGGGCUCCAUCCAGAGCUCCGACAAUAUAA